UGAGCCUGACGCAGGAGCUGCUCAUUAAACUAAUGGACUGAUCUGAGAUCCGAUACAGCCCGAGUCCAGCAGCUUCACUUACACACACACACACACACACACACACGUGAACACGCAGGCACGCACUCGAGCUGUAGACGCGCGCGGAGGAACACCCGAGCGAGCCGCAGGUGAGCCAUCUGAUGCUCCGCCGGAAACAGCACCUCUGCUCGGGCGCACACACACACCGGAGACCCGCGCGGACGAGCUCAGCUUGACGGAAGAUGAGGAUGAUGAUGGUGGUCAGAUGAGCUGAAUUCGGUCUCAUUUAUGUGAUGAUGAUGAUGAUGAUGAUGGUGUGUGUGUGUUCCGUGAGGAGCAUCUCCGCGCCGUGAUGAUCAUGAUGAUGAUGAUGAUGGUGUGUGGAUGAAGAUGAUGUUUAUGCUGGCUGGAGCGGUUCUGGUGCUGGCCAUCGUGUGUGUGUCCGACAUGAACGCGCUGCUGGACCGAUUUCACAACUUCAUCCUACCGCGCAUGCGCGGACCCGAGCGCGUGUGUCACUGCACCUGCGGCAGGCAUCAUGUGGAGUAUGUGAUCCCAUACGAGGGCUCGGGCUCGCUCUCCGCAGGUUCUGGGGCCCCGCCGGCAGGCAGCAGUGUCAGCAAACAGGAGCUGGAUCUGGUUCUGGGUCUCCUGAUGGGCUUCUGCAUCAGCUGGAUCCUGCUGUGGCUGGACGGAGCCUUUCACUGUGCACUGCGCUUCUGGAGGAGCAGCAGACACUACGGAGCUGACGGUGAUGUGUGGAGGUCAUGGCGGUGGGUUUCUCGUGUCUGUAACCUGCGGGAGCUGCGCAGACGCCUGCAGACGCGCCGUGAGGACACCGCAGACGCCGCCGCUAAUAAUGUGGUCCACGUGCGCCAGAAGCUCUACCACAACGGCCACCCGAGCCCGCGCAGACUCUGACAGACAAACAAACUCUCUGUGUGUGUUUCUGCUUGCUGUGUGUUUUACACGGGUGUUGUGAGUGUUAGUUUUGUAGGGGUCGACUCGUCACCGGGGGAGGGGUUUGCAUUUUUUAGACCACUAUUUGUGUACAGGGUAACUGUUUUAGCACAGGGCAUGCUGGGUAAUGUGUAGUCCAGCCGAUCCGCUGCUGUGUUCGCUGUUUGUGUGACAUUAAAGUGAUGGUUUGAUGGAGCACAGCUUUGCUUUCAGACUCACGUGUGUGUGUGUGUGCGUGUGUGUGCGUGUGUGUGCGUGCGUGU